UCCUCUCUCUCUCUCUCUAACCCGCCAAGUUUAGAGAAAAUUCUCUUAGUAUAGCGUAAAUCAAGGUUCCAAGACUUUGAACGAAGACCAGAUCUUCUUCUAAACUUCCCUCCUUUGGUCGUUUUUUAGGAAAAUGUCGGCGGUUAUGGAAACUUUGUCUGGCUUCAAGGCCAUUCCCUUCAAUACUGCUGGAAUGGAGAAGAAAGAAGAGAAAAGCAACAACGACAACAGUGGCCCCAAACAGAGGGAGGUCCCUGAAAGUGAAGAAAAUGCAGAGAAACUUAGAAGAGAAAACAGCAGUGCUUCUAAUUGUUCUACAGAGAAUGGAGAUGAUGAUGACCCAGAAGAUGAUGAUGAAGAUGAUGCUGAUGAUGAUGAUGAUGAUGAUGCCAAGUCUAAAGUAGAGAAAGAAGAAUUAGAUCUUGGUCCCCAAUGCUCCCUCAAAGAACAGCUCGAGAAAGAUAAGGAUGAUGAGAGCCUGAGGAGAUGGAAAGAACAACUUCUUGGAAGUGUAGAUAUCGAUGCUGUUGGAGAGAAUGCAGAACCAGAAGUACAGGUACUGAGCCUCACCAUCCUGUCUCCAGACCGGCCGAAUCUAGUGUUGCCAAUUCCAUUUGUUCCCAAUUCAAAGGGCCAUGCUUUUGCUCUCAAGGAGGAAUCCCGCUAUCGUCUUAAAUUCUCCUUUGUCGUCUCCAACAACAUUGUUUCUGGUCUUAAAUAUACUAAUACUGUGUGGAAGACUGGGAUGAGAGUUGAUAAUAGAAAGGUAAUGCUGGGAACAUUUAGUCCUCAGCAGGAGCCUUACACUUAUGAAUUGGAAGAAGAUACAACCCCUUCUGGUAUUUUUGCAAGGGGUUCCUACUCUGCAAGAACCAAGCUUGUAGAUGAUGAUGGCAAGUGCUAUUUGAACAUCAAUUACAGUUUCGAAAUCCGAAAGGACUGGCCAUCACCUUCUUGAGAUUUUUCUCUUCCCCUUCCAUUCCAAUCUAGCUUGGGGACUUCAAACAAUGACCAAUGUAGAGAUGAUAUUCCAAUAGGGAGAAAUUAAAACCCCAGUUAUGAAGUUCUUUUUUUUUUUUUUUUUUUUUUUUUCUUUCAUUAGUAAGAGGAUUAGACCAAUGGUGUUGGUGGUUGACACAAUGGAUAAUUCAUGUAACAUUCUCAUUGUAUGUGGCAAGUUUUAUUGUACUAAAAAUGUUAUAGUGCCUUGCCUUGAA